ACAUCAGCCAAGGACGCCUGGGAUGCCGCUGCCCGCGGCCAGCCUCGGAGGAGGAGGCGGCUCCUACCUGCCGGCUGAGAGUUGAUCAGCCCCGCUCAGCCAGGGGGGCCGCCGGUUUGCCUGGGACCCCGGUCCCCGGCUGCCACUGCCCUGCCCAGGGGAGCUCUCGGAGCGUUGGAUGCAUUCUGGGUUGUUAGCGGCGGCUCCUGGGAGCCUGUUGCUGGUGGAAGUCGGGGGGCGCCUGGCACGGGGCCCAGCGGCGUGCUGAGAAUCACCAUGACGCUUCUGGGGUCUGAGCAUUCUUUGCUGAUUAGGAGCAAGUUCAGAUCAGUUUUACAGUUACGGCUUCAGCAGAGAAGGACCCAGGAACAACUGGCUAAUCAAGGCAUAAUACCACCCCUGAAAAGUCCAAGUGAGUUCCAUGAGCAAAGGAAAAAUCUGGAUAUUGACAAGACUGAGCAGCAGCUGAAGCGCAAGGUCAGAAAUCGAUGCGCAGGCGUUGGCUUGGUUAAUAUGCACAUCCUCCAAGCCUCCACUGCAGAGAGGUCCAUCCCAACCGCUCAGAUGAAACUGAAAAGAGCCCGGCUUGCGGAUGAUCUGAAUGAAAAAAUUGCUCUGCGGCCAGGGCCACUGGAGCUGGUGGAGAAAAACAUAAUCCCUGUUGAUUCUGCUGUGAAAGAGGCCAUCAAAGGGAACCAGGUGGCUUUCUCCAAAUCAGCAGACGCAUUUGCCUUCGAGGAAGACAGCAGCAGCGACGGGCUUUCUCCAGAACAGACGCGAAGUGAAGACCCCCAGGGCUCAGCGGGGUCCCCGCCAGACACUAAAGCCACAGAGACUCCUCUGGCAGGCCCUUUGGGGACAAUCCAGGAUCUCACAUCUGGCUCAGAAAAUGACAGGAAUGACUCGGUGUCACAGCCCGGAAACCAGUCGGACACAGGAAAGCAGGGGCUUGGCUCCCUCAGUGCCCCCAUCUCUGGGCAUACUGCUGUAAAGUCCAAGUCCUUGAACGACAAUAAGAACCAGAACCGCCACAAAAAGCCCAAGGACCCCAAGCCGAAGGUGAAAAAACUCAAGUACCACCAGUACAUCCCGCCAGACCAGAAGGCAGAGAAGUCUCCCCCGGCCAUGGACUCUGCCUACGCCCGGCUGCUGCAGCAACAACAGCUGUUUCUGCAACUGCAGAUCCUCAGCCAGCAGCAGCAGUGCCGCUUCAGCUACCCCGGGGUCCACCAAGCGCAGCUCAAAGAACCGAAUGAACAGAUGGUCAGAAAUCCAAAUUCUUCAAUGCCGCUGGGCAAUACUCCCUUGUCUCCUGUCAAAAACAGUUUUUCCGGACAAACCGGUGCUUCUUCUCUCAAGCCAGGCCCACUCCCCUCAAACCUCGAUGAUCUGAAGGUCUCGGAGUUAAGACAACAACUUCGAAUACGGGGUUUGCCCGUGUCGGGCACCAAAACAACCCUCAUGGACCGCCUGCGGCCCUUCCAGGACUGUCCUGGGGGCACUGUGCCAAACUUUGGGGACAUAACAACUGUCACUUUUCCUGUUACCCCAACCGGCACUCUGCCCAACUACCAAUCCUCGCCUUCCGCCAGUGCCUUAUCCAAUGGCUUCUACCACUUUGGCAGCACCAGCUCCAGCCCCCCAAUUUCCCCCGCGUCUUCGGACCUCUCCAUCUCUGGGUCCCUGCCGGAUACCUUCAGUGACACCUCCCCCUCCUUCGGCCUGCACCCGUCCCCAGUUCACGUCUGCACAGAAGAGAGCCUCAUGAGCAGUCUCAACGGGGGGUCUGUUCCCUCCGAGCUGGACGGGUUGGACUCUGAAAAGGACAAGAUGCUGGUGGAGAAGCAGAAGGUCAUCAACGAGCUCACCUGGAAACUCCAGCAAGAACAAAAGCAAGUGGAGGAGCUGAGGAUGCAACUCCAGAAGCAGAAAAGGAGUAACUGUUCAGAGAAGAAGCCACUGCCUUUCUUGGCUGCAUCCAUCAAGCAGGAAGAUGCCAUCUCCAGCUGUCCUUUUGCAUCCCAGCAAACAUCGGUGAAAAGGCAAAGCAGCAGCUCGGAGACUCAACUCUCGGCUUGUGAAGCUGCUCAACUCUUACCCCUCGGAAGCCCUCAUUGUGGGGAGUCCUCAGGUCAAACCAAUGUACUUUCUUCCACAUUUCUCAGCCCCCAGUGCUCGCCUCAGCAUUCCCCUCUUGGAGUUGUGAAAAGCCCACAGCACAUCAGUUUGCCCCCAUCGCCCAACAACCACUACUUCCUACCCUCUUCUUCCUCUGCUCAGGGAGAAGGUCAUUGCGUCUCCUCACCAGUUGGCAGCCAGAUGUGCACUGCUCAGAGCUCAGGAGUACAUGAUGGGCAUCCUCCACGCUUCUCUCCCCAGCCUGCCAGCCUUCACCCCAGCAGUAAUGUUGCCAGUGGUAACCCUUGCCCCAAAAGCCCAGGGGUACAGCCAAAGAUGGCUGGUUUACACGCUUCCGAUAAGGCAGGACCAAAGUUUUCAAUUCCAUCCCCAACUUUUUCUAAGCCAAGUUCAGCAGUUUCAGAGUCAGCACAGCCUCCAUCCUAUGAGGAUGCAGUAAAGCAGCAAAUGACUCGGAGUCAGCAGAUGGACGAACUUCUGGAUGUCCUCAUUGAAAGCGGAGAAAUGCCAGCUGAUGCCAGAGAGGAUCAUUCAUGUCUUCAAAAAGUCCCGAAGAUGCCCGGGUCUUCCCAAAGCCCCGGUGCCACCCUCCCCAAGCCUUCAGCUUCCUUUGAACAUGCUUCCUCGGGUGGCCAGCUCGCCUUCGAUCACUACGCCACUGACGGUGACGAGAACCUUGAAGUCUUAUUAAAUACCCAGAGCCCCUUAGGAAAGGUGAGCGACGUGGCCCUUCUAAAACUUGGGAACGAGGAGCCUCAGUUUGAUGGGAUCAUGGAAGGGUUCUCCAGCAAGGCUGCAGAAGACCUCUUCAAUGCCCACGAGAUCUUGCCAGGCCCACUCUCCCCCAUGCAGACUCAGUUUUCACCCUCUUCAGUGGACAGCAAUGGGCUGCAGUUAAGCUUCACUGAAUCUCCUUGGGAAACCAUGGAGUGGCUGGACCUCACUCCACCAAGCUCCACACCUGGCUUUAGCUCCCUCACCACCAGCGGCCCCAGCAUCUUUAACAUUGAUUUCUUGGAUGUCACGGAUCUCAAUUUGAAUUCCCCCAUGGACCUUCACUUACAGCAGUGGUAGAAUGCCUGAUGGAACAAUGCCAAGGAAGACGGACAGGAAUCCCAUGGUGGGAAAGCAUUUUCCCUGAAUACUUAAAUUAUCCAAGAAUAAAUAAAUAAAUAAGAAGACGGGAAUUACAAAGAAGCGAUGGAGAUUUCUGACAAUAAAGAAGACAUGGGUGUCUUUAUAUAUAUAUAUGUCUUUAUAUAUAUAUAAUGUAGUAUUUGCCGACAUUCAGUCACUCAUAAUGAUUUCAGCAAUGCAUACAAUCAUGUGCUCUCUCAGACUAAGAAUGCCAAAAAAAAUAGCUUUCACUGCCAUUUAAAACACCAACAUUUUUUCUGACCCAUACUUUUUCUCAGGCAUUGAUGGGGCGCAAGCCCACAUUGUAAACGUUUCUCAUGAAAAUGUCUAGACACGUGGUAGAAAAGAAAUGUAAACCACUCGACAGAGAAAGUCAGCCCAGCAAAGGCUAUGGAAGACAAACCCUUAAGAUAGGCUGCUUCCCAUCUCACCGUUAUCUAUGUUUCAGAACAGAAGCCGAACCCCGCUUCAGUUAGGGCAUCCUUGAGGCAGAACAGGGGGACAGAUGAUCUGUUCCCAGGGAAGCCAAGUCAGCUCCAUGUUCCCCAGCCACAAAGCUGCCCCCCUGGAGUGAUCCCAGUUCUGCACCCAGGACUCUUGGGGUCACUGAUAACAGUUGAUCUGCAUUUAGUCCAGAGAACCCCACCCAAGACUCCCCUCUUUCUCAACCUGAACGCAAGGUGUUCCUACUGUCCCUGUGGAGCUAGCAUUGUGACAUAAAUGAGAACCCCAAAGCAAAGAAAACUCGUGCUGUAGAAGGAGAUUCCCCAGGUUCUCCUGAACAGCCCCCUUUAUUUCCAAAGACUAGAAGUUUCCAUGUGGGCAGCCCUGGAGGAUAUCUUUAGGUUGAGGAGGCCACAUCAGAUAUGAUUCAGACAGGUCUGGAGAGCAGCCUCAUUUCACAUAUUGUGGGAAUAAACACCAGGUGUUAUUGUUAACAGGACUGUUAUUUGUGGAAGUCCAACUCCCUUUUGGGUUUCCUUUUUAUUUUUGGGGUGGGGAGCACAGGGAUAGAGGUUCACCUCAGUUUAUCUUUUUCCCACUCCCAUUUUUCUUUCAAGAUACCAAUCCCCUCUUGUUCCUUUUUCAUUAUCUUUGUUUUUUCUCUGCCCCGACAUUGGGGGGGACUGCUUCUCAGAUCUACCGAAGCAACCACACUCCUAACAAAGCCGUUUUUAAAAAAAUGUUAAAAAUCCCAAGUUCUCCUGGAAAACUCUUUCUCCAUAUGCAUAAUUCGCUGCAAAAGGAAGUCGCAAGAAUUUCCUUAGGAAGAAACUCUGGACUUGGCCCAUCAGCCACAAAGCACAUUCUGCUCUCAUUUGAUUUAUAGCAAUCAUUGAUUUUUGUUGCUCUGGGAAAAUUGGAAAUCAUCAUGUUGUAAAGACAAAUAUGGAUGAUGUUUGCAGGAAAGAGUACAUCGGGUCUGGGUUUCUGAAGGAAAACACAAUUGCACAUUGAAAACGAUGAAAGGGAAAAGAACAACGGUUGAACGUACCUUCCUCCGUACCUCUCGUGCUUCGGCUGGGAGUUAGAAAAAACUCAACUUGUACGACAGUCUCUCCAAGGCUCACUGUGAUUCCAGC